CGUUAACGGAACUUUUUUCAAUGUUUAUCUCGCGGUUCGCCACGCCAGAAUUUGUUUGUGCUUGUUUAUAUUUUUUUUUAAAUUGAAUCAACGCAGGCGGAAUGAAUUUGCAACUUUUGGAUCGGCAGCUGUCGGAGAUAGGCAGCGCGGUGGAUUUUUGGUUUAAGGAAUCGGUACAAUUGAAGCUAGCGAAUGCAAGCGGAACGGAUGCCGCAGCAAAUAACCAACGGCCCAAGAAUGAGGGGACAGGACGGGACCUGCAGUACUACGAGCCCAGUGAGAAAAUGUUGCGGGCGCUGACGAACAAUUUUACCGACGAAGAGUUGAAAGACAAGGACGCCAUCUUUGAGCAUUAUUUGAAUACCGAAAAGUUGGAGUUUCACAAUGCGUCCUCGGUGAUGCUGACUCUGCUUACCAUCGAGGAUGUGACCACCAUGAAGCUGUACUCGCAGCUCAUCGAGCCGAAUGUGGCGAUUCAAAAGGCGAAGAGAAAUGUAUUUAAAGCUGCUCUCACUUCUAUAGCUUCUGUUAAUGCCGAGGAUGUGGUGUCCCCGGGAAUCGAUGAGGUUGUUUUGAUACCCAAGUGUAGUUUGAUGGCCUCGCCGUUGCCAAAAGAUCUCAUCUUGGCACUGAUUCCCCACCCGCAUGAGCAUCUGCCUCGAAAAGAUCCGAACCGCCGCUUUGUGGCCAGGGUGGAGCAGGUCUCCCGCACCAGUGUUCACUUCAAGUUCGGUCGUGGACAAACCCCAUCCAACACUGUGUGGCAGUCGCAACGCUUCCAUAUUAUCCUCCGCUCCUCGCGUAUCCCGAUUCGGUUCAUGUACCGCGCUCUGAAUAUGCUCACGGAGAUGCCAGGCCUUCGUCGCUAUCUGUUUCCCUUUCCGGGUUGGCUAACCAAAAAAAUUGAAUUGCAUGACUGCCAGCAUCCGACAUGGAUGCAGAUUCGACCACCGCCCCCGACGGCCCCACCAGAUGAGAUUAGUCUGCUGAACAAGACCAUAUGCGACAAUAAAGAACAGUUUGAGGCGGUGCAGAGAAUUGUGGCUGGACCCAGUUUCAGAGCCCCAUUUAUCGUGUUCGGACCACCAGGCACAGGCAAGACCACUACCAUUGUGGAGGCUAUUCUACAGGUACGCCUGAAACAAUCGCAAAGCCGCAUCCUUGUAACAGCCGGCUCGAACUCGGCCUGCGACACGAUUGCCAUGAAACUGUGCGAGUCCAUCAGUGCAAACCCUCGGCUCAUAUACCACUAUCAGCUCGAGAAGAAUAAGUCGCUGAUUCGCAUCUAUUCACGCAGCAUAUUCAGGAAGGGGCUGAAAUCGGUGGACCCAUUGCUGCUGAAUAACUCCAAUUGCGCAGGCAAUGUGUUCAAGCAUCUACGAGGGCGUAAUGUGAUUCAGUAUACCAUCACUGUGGCCACAUUGGUUACUGUGGGCCGACUGGCUCAUUCUGGCUUUGGUGACUUUUUCACCCACAUAUUCAUCGACGAGGCCGGUUCCACCACCGAGCCGGAGACUCUUAUGGGCAUUGUUGGUGUUAAGCAGAACAGCGACUGCCAUGUGAUUCUGUCCGGAGAUCACAAGCAGCUGGGAGCAGUGAUCAAAAGCAGCCGGGCUGCGUCCCUUGGCUUGACUCACUCUCUAAUGGAGCGCCUACUGGCCUCAGAUUGCUACAAGCUGGACGAGAACGGGAAUUACGAUCGCACCCUUCAGGCGCGUCUGCGCCGUAACUAUCGAUCUCAUCCACAGAUAGUGCGUCUCUUUAACGAGCUAUACUACGGUGGAGAGCUGAUCGCACAGGCUCCGGCCGCAGAGGUCAACCAGGCCGCCGAGUGGGAUGUGCUGCCCAAUGGCCAGUUCCCCAUCAUAUUUCAGGCCACACAUGGCGUCACCGAAAGGGAGCAACACACUACCAGCUCUUUCAACUCGCUGGAGGCACAGGUUCUCUGUUGGUACAUCAGGCGCUUGCUGGAAAAUGGCCUGGGCCCUAAUAUCGAAGUGAAGCAGGAGGACAUUGGCGUGGUGGCUCCAUACACGUCUCAGGGUAACCUUAUCUGUCGGGAGCUUGAGCGGCAGGGCCUCGGAUGUGUGGAAGUUGGCAGCGUGGAGAACUAUCAGGGCAGAGAGAAGCUCAUCAUCAUUGCCACUCUGGUGCGUUCCUUCAGCUACAUGGGCUUCAUGAGUAACCCGCGUCGAAUCAAUGUGCUCAUUUCGCGGCCCAAGGCGCUGCUCAUACUCAUCGGCAAUCCCGUCACUCUACGCCAUAAUCCCGACUUCAAGUUCAUCAUUGAUGAGUGCAUAAAACAUCAAACGUAUCUCUACAAGAAGAAGAAUUCAUUGAAUUCCCUAACGGAAUACAGCACACAUCUGGGCACUUCAAAUCGGAAUAUGCACUUGCUUAAAGCCAAGAAAGUGAUGCCAGAAAUGGAUAAAAUCUCCCCCACCGCCAUCAGUGCCAUGAUGAAUGAUUUAAAGAUAUCCUAGAGCUGCGCUCUUCGCUGACCUCAAUCAAAAAUAAUCUUCUAAAGAUAUAAGUUCGGUUCUAAGCUAAGCUCAGCCUCUACCCAAAAGGGAUGAACGGCUGCAGUACCCUAGAUUAGUAAAAGUUCAAGGCCUAGAGUCUGCCUAGAACACUCCUAAAGCACGUAUUUUUUUUUGUGACCAUUUUAUAUUAUGUUUAUUAUGUUCUGUAACAAUGUUCGGUUCUUGCGGUUUGUGACGUUAAUAAAAGUGCUCCAGUUCUUUAACUGUAAAUGAGAGAAAGAGAAUAAGAAAAAUAAUAUUAUUUGAUA